AUGAGUUCCGAAAAGAAUUUCCCUGCACAAACAGUAAAGCAAGCCUCUCCCUCCCAGCCCACGUCGAAUUCAUUAGCUAAAGCCGCCACAAUACCUUCCGAAUUAAUCUUUCAAAUUUUUAAAUAUGUUACAUCUACAACUGACCUCAAGUCUUGUAUUUUAGUAUGCAAAUCUUGGUGUCGUUGUGGUGUUGAACAGCUAUGGCAUAAGCCAGUUUUCACUAGCAAUCAAUCUCUUUUUAAAUUAUUAUUCACUUUAUCUCGAGGCAGCCAGACCUUCCCAUAUUCGUUUCUCAUCCGACGUCUCAAUUUUUCUUUUUUGGGAGAAAAUAUAACUGACCAAAUUCUUUCCCGAUUAAGUUCUUGCGAGAGAUUAGAAAGACUUACUUUAGGAGGUUGUAUAAGAAUAACUGAUACGGGACUUUUAAGAUUAUUAGAAAAAGCAGAUGGAUUGAUAGCUUUGGAU